CGAAAAAAGAAAAAGAAAUUUAUUAUGGAAUUUGUAAUUGGCCUGAUGAGAAAGGACUGUUGUUGUUAUUGUCUACGUUUAUGUUAUUGUUCUGUUCCUAAUUUCACUUUAUCAUUCCCUUUUGUUUUCUUAAUAGAAUUAUUAUUAUUUUUAGUUUCUUUUAAUUCAUUGUUCUUCUUUGAGAACAAUUCUCACCCUUUCCCUUUCUUGUCUUUCACGAUAUUUCGUGAUUUUAGAGAGAGAAAGGCAAGAAUAAGGAGCAGUGGAAGAAGAAAAUAGGGGACAAUUAACCCUUUUUUUUUUGUUUAAACCCUAAAUUCGUGGUCUUUGAUUUCUGGGUCUUCUUCGAAUGGAGCCUGGUUCCGAAGGAGAAAACGAUCAGGUGAAAAAUCCGAACAAAACUGGUAAUAGUUCCAAUGAAGGUAACGCUAAGCCUAAACGACAGAUGAAGACUCCGUUUCAGCUUGAAACUCUCGAAACAGCAUAUGCUCUGGAAACGUAUCCAUCUGAAGCGACGCGAGCUGAAUUAUCUGAGAAAUUAGGAUUAACAGAUCGGCAGUUACAGAUGUGGUUUUGUCACCGAAGACUGAAAGAAAAGAAGGAUACUCCUACGAAAAAACCUCGAAAAGGUGCUGCCUUACCACCAGGAUCUCCAAUGGAUGAGUCACGGGGGGGGCCGGAUCCAGAAAAUGAGUUUGGGUCGGGUUAUGGAUCCAGUCCUUGCAUGGAGAGGAAAUUGGCGGGAGGUUAUUCUCGGGGCAUGGUGGAUGAUGUGCCGCCUACGAUGAGGAGGUACUAUGAGUCACAGCAGUCGAUAAUGGAGCUAAGAUCAAUUGCUUGUGUGGAGGCGCAGUUGGGGGAACCAUUGAGGGAUGAUGGUCCUAUUCUGGGACUAGAGUUUGAUCCAUUGCCUCCGGAUGCAUUCGGAGCAAUUCCCGAGCCACAGAAGAGGUCUGUGCAGCCUUAUGAGAACAAGGUUUAUGAGCUACAUGAUAGCCGCUCAAACAAAGCUGCUUCAAGGGCUUUUCAUGAUUAUCAGUUUCUUCCAGAGCAUUCGAGUCUUAGAUCUGAUGCAUAUGGACAAGUUACUCAAUCUCUUUUUCAUGAAUCCCCCGUCGAUGGUGCAAGGGGUAGAGUUGCAUCAUUUGCCCAUGGAGAGGAGCCAUUGUCCAGGGUUCAUGGUAUCCAAGGUCAUGGAACUCGAGUUCAUGUUUUACCUCAACAAGACAAGACUGCAAUUAUUCCUUCACCAUCUCAAGUGGUUGAGGAUUCCCUUGCUGAAAGGGAACCAUUUACAAAUGGCAGAAUAACUGCUCAGUCUAGUUCCCAUCUGGUUUUGGGACAUGAAGAUUCAUAUAUGUUGUCUGCUGGGCAAACCUUGAAUAAUGAUGCUGAUUUACGAAAUGAUAGGAAGCGCAAGAGUGAUGAAAUUAGAAUUGCAAGAGAGGCUGAAGCACAUGAGAACAGAAUUCGUAAAGAGCUUGAGAAACUAGAUAAUAAAAGGCGGAAGAGUGAAGAAAGAAUAAGGAAAGAAAUGGAAAGACAUGAACGUGAAAGAAGGAAGGAAGAAGAGAGGUUAUUACGUGAGAAGCAGCGAGAAGAAGAGAGAAUGCAGCGUGAGCAAAGACGUGAAAUGGAAAGAAGAGAAAAGUUUUUGCAGAAAGAAUAUUUACGAGCUGAGAAGAAGAGACAAAAGGAAGAGCUUCGUAGAGAGAAAGAGGAAGAGAGACGCAGAGUUGCCAGAGAGAAAGCAGCUGCACGGAAAAUUGCCAAGGAAUCUAUGGAUCUCCUCGAUGAUGAGCAACUAGAACUCAUGGAAUUUGCUGCUGCUAGCAAGGGAAUAUCCUCGACUAUUCAUCUUGAUCACGAGAGUUUGCAAAAUCUCGAGUCAUUUAGAAGCUCUUUAAGCUUGUUCCCCCCCAAAUCUGUGCAAUUGAAAAGAAUAUUUUCCAUUCAACCGUGGGUUGAUUCUGAGGAGAAUGUUGGGAAUCUUUUCAUGGCAUGGAGAUUUUUGAUUACUUUUGCUGAUGUUCUUUCACUAUGGCCUUUUACACUCGAUGAGUUUAUCCAAGGUUUUCACGACUAUGAUUCAAGGUUGUUGGGUGAGAUACAUGUUGCUCUUUUGAAAGCAAUCAUAAAAGACAUUGAAGAUGUUGCUAGAACACCAGUGACUGGAUCGGGGAUGAAUCAGUACUCUGCUGCUAACCCCGAAGGUGGACACCCUCAAAUCGUUGAAGGGGCAUAUUCCUGGGGUUUUGACAUUCGAAAUUGGCAGCAUCACUUGAAUCCAUUAACAUGGCCUGAAAUUUUCCGGCAAUUAGCAAUAUCUGCUGGCUUUGGACCAAAGUUAAAGAAAUUAACUGCUGGCCGGACAUACAUGGGUGAUAAUGAUGAGUCAAACCUGCAGGGUACAGGUUGUGAAAAUGUUGUUUCUACACUACGAAAUGGUUCUGCAGCUGAGAAUGCAUUUGCAUUGAUGCGAGAAAAAGGUCUCUUACAUCCAAGAAGAUCAAGGCAUCGUUUAACACCUGGAACUGUAAAAUUUGCAGCUUUUCAUGUUCUUUCACUUGAGGGAGGCGAAGGAUUAACAGUAUUGGAACUUGCAGAUAAAAUUCAGAAAUCUGGACUUCGGGACCUUUCAACCAGCAGGACACCAGAGGCUUCUAUUUCUGUUGCUUUGACAAGGGAUACAAAGCUUUUUGAAAGAAUAGCUCCUUCAACUUAUUGUGUACGACCUGCUUAUAGGAGAGAUCCUGCUGAUGCUGAGGCUAUACUUGCAGAAGCAAGGAAAAAGAUCCGGCAGUUUGAAAAUGGGAUUUUAGGUGAAGACACCGACGAAGUUGAAAGGGAUGAUAUGGAAAAAGAUGAUGUUGAAAGAGAUGAAGAUUCUGAAUGUGAUCUCGACGAGGACCCUGAAGUUGAUGAUAUAGCUACUCCCUCAAAUGCUAACAAAGACACUGAUUAUCCUAAGGAUGGAGUAAACACUUAUUCCGGAAGUGAAAAAGUUCGCACCUCUACUAACGCUGCACCUGGUGCUACAGAUGAAUUUGAUGAGGAUUUUCCAUCUUUCCCUUCAAAUACCAUGAAGGAUGCCAAUGAUCCAAGUAGCAGUGGGCAAUAUGUUGCUAGUGACGAGAAUGGGACAGGCAAUCCUGAUCAACAGAAUCUUGAAAUCAAUGAAAGUGAGUCUGGUGAGUCAUGGAUUCAGGGUCUUUCAGAAGGUGAAUAUUCUCAUCUUAGUGUUGAGGAACGCCUCAAUGCUCUUGUUACCUUAAUUGGUAUUGCAAAUGAAGGCAACUCUAUUCGUGCUGUGCUUGAGGAUCGUUUGGAAGCAGCAAAUGCUCUUAAAAAGCAAAUGUGGACCGAGGCUCAGCUGGAUAAAAGUCAUCUGAAGGAAGAAAUCAUUAUUCAAAUGGACUUUCAGUCUGUGAUGGAAACCAAGGCCGAAGCUCAACUGCCCACUUCUGCCUUGGAAGUCAGCCCAAGUCCAUUUCCUACUGCUGAUAAUAAAAACGAUGAGGCAUCUCUGAGCAUUACAGAAGACAAAAAACCCUUGCUAUGUUCACAGAACGUUCAGAAUGACCUCAAUAUUUAUCCAGCUGAGAGGGCCUUGGUAUUUCACGAGGCUUCUGUGGGUCCAGAUAACUUCUUUGCUCAGCAGCAUGGAUAUGCUUCAAAGAGAUCACGCUCACAGUUGAAAUCAUACAUUGCCCACAGAGCAGAAGAGAUGUAUGUCUACAGGUCUUUACCUCUUGGCCAAGAUCGUAAACGUAAUAGAUAUUGGCAAUUUGUUGCUUGUGCUUCUAAAAAUGAUCCUUGUUCUGGCCGGAUAUUUGUCGAAUUGCAUGAUGGACGUUGGAGGCUGAUUGAUACUGAAGAGGCCUUUGAUGCUCUUUUGGCAUCUUUAGAUACACGAGGAAUCAGGGAAUCACAUUUACGGAUAAUGUUGCACAAGAUUGAAUCUUCCUUCAAAGAAAACGCUCACAGGAGUUUGCAGGGUACCCGAGCUAUUGGCCGAAGUGGAAGCUCUACUGAAAAUGAAGCUUCAGAAGUCGAUUCCAGUCCCGACUUUCCUGCCAGUUCUGACGGUCCUAGUAGUGUGAUCUGUAGAUUGAACUCUGAUGCAUCAGAGACAUUAUCUUCUUUCAAAAUUCAGCUUGGGAGAAACGAAAAUGAGAAGAAGUCUGCCCUGAAGAGGUACCUAGAUUUCCAGAAUUGGAUGUGGAAAGAAUGUUAUAAUUCCUCAACUUUGUUUGCAAUGAAAUAUGGGAAGAAGAGAUGCGAGGAGCUGUUGACUGUUUGCGAUGCUUGUCUUGGCUCCCAUAUCCCAGAGGAGAUGCACUGUGGUUACUGCCACCAGAAUGUUGGAUCCAUUAACAAUUGUUUCGAUUUCUCAGAACAUGAAAUUCAGUGCAAAGAAAACCGGAAUUUGGACACCAAGGUUACUCUCGAUUCCUCUCAUCCCUCGGGAAUCAACUUGAUAAAGUUCUUUUGUGCUCUAGUUGAGGUAUGUGUUCCACCUGAAGCCCUUGAAUCAAUUUGGACAGAAGGCCAUAGAAAGAUUUGGGGCAGUAAGCUGAAUGCGUCUUCUUCUGUGGGUGAACUCCUAAAGAUGGUCUCUCACUUUGAGAGCGCUGUAAAGCGAGAUUACUUAUCAUCUAACUUUGAGACGAUGAAGGAAUUAUUAGGUUCUACUCUUCAAUCAGAGAGUGAUGCUACUGAUUCUGUCCUUCCAUGGAUACCCCAAACCACUGCUGCUGUGGCUUUACGACUUUUGGAGCUUGACGUGUCCAUCAUGUAUGUAAAGCCGGUGAAAGUAGAACCUUCCGAGAACAAAGAAGCUAGGGCAUAUAUAAAGCUUCCUUCAAGAACCCCUUUUGUCAUCAAGAACAAACAACUAGAGGAACUAAACCAUGAAGUGUCCGUUAAAGGAGAAAAAUUCCCAGACGUGGCCAACAGUAGGAGCAACAACUAUAAACGGGGAAGAGGGAGUCGUGAACAAGGAUCCGGUAGACAGUGGCAGAGGAGAGGUUCUGGCUCCAAAUAUGAUUCGGGCAAACGAAGUGCUAGACAGAAAAAUAAUUUAACCCUCCAUCUCAAACAGCAAGGCCAAAGAACAAAUGGUCAGAGUUCUGGACAUGGCCGACGAACGGUUAGAAAGAGAUCAGGUAGGAGAGAUGCUGAUAAUAUGACGGCGGCUUGUAUGGCUAAUGUUGUUAAAUCUAAUACCAGUGCUGUGUCUGUGAGAGACAUGGAUGAAGAAUGGAGGUUCAGCUUAAGAACUAUGCCAAUGGCAAAUCCUCCUGAUAGUAACAGUGCUGAGGAGUCUGAUGACAAUGUACAAGACGAGGGAUACGAGCAAGGAAACUGGGAGUUGGAUUAUAAUAACGGUGCCUCUAAUGGGUGGAACAGGGAACCGGAAGUAGCUAACAAUGGGUGGGACAGGGAACUGGCUGUAGCUAGCGACAAAUAUGUCGUUGAUUAUGAUGGUGGUAAUGGCUUUGAACAGCUGAUAGAGGAAGACGAUGAAGAUUCAGACGGUGAUCUAGGGAUGAGUGAUGCAUCAGAUGAACGAGUCGCAGACAGAACUAGAAAUGAUGAAGGUUCAGACUCGGCAGUUUCCGACGACUCUAGCGAUUGAGAGCUGCUGAUGCAUGAGCGUUGAAGCCCGACUGUAUCAGGGAGAGUCAGUAGACCCCUUCCCCUCACACCCUAAUGUUUAAGUAGUUGUAGAAAAUUAGAGAUUAAUUUAUAUCUCAAAUGCUACUGUUGAUUAGAAAAUGUUAUGGCUCAUUGUAUAACUGAAUUUUUAUUAAUAAGGUAUUAAUUUAUGAAACCUUAUAAAUAUGGGGUAGCAAUACAAAAUAGUUUAACAUUACCCAACUUCGCCUUGUUUGCAAUGCUAGAUGGAUUACAACUUUUAUUCUUCUAAACACCAGAUGCAUUGCAGAAAAAACCACAAAACAAAGUA